AUGUAUUCAAGUGAAGAAGACGGUAACUCGUCCCCGGGAUUCGUAAACAUGGGAGGCGCACCGCUGGAUUUUGGCUCAGGUCCAAUUGAAAUCAAGGAUUUCGUAGGAAUUGAGGUCUGUAGUGACUGUGGAAGAGGUCACCAUGAAGGUGGUUUAAUAGCGUCAUGCGUCUCCUGUGAGACUAGAGUUAGAAGAGGUAAAGAGCAAUUCAGAGGUUUGAGAGAUGAUUUGGGAAUUCCCGACGAGCAUGAUUUUGUGAUUGAUACCGCUGCACUGUUUUUUACGAUGGAAGCUGUGCAAAAUUUCACCAAACGCACCACUGUUUCAUUGGUGAAGGCUGCUUGCCUCUACUGUAUUUGCAGGGAAAGAAAACUUCCGUUCCUUCUUGUUGACUUUUCAAGCCACCUUAAUGAAAGCGUCUACGCGGUAGCUUCUGUUUACUUGAAACUCUGUGAAAUUCUGAAGAUUAAGGAAUACCAGGAUUAUGAAAAGCUUCUUGAUCCUUCAGUUUUCCUUCCUUCAUUCUCAAACCAUGUAGUGGAUGGACCAGAGAAUCGAGAAUUUGUGAAAACAGCUAGAGACAUUGCUGCUAACAGAGAUUGGAUAGAGAGUGGCUAUACACUUAGCCACGUAUGUGGCCAAUCACUUCACCUAGCUGCCACUAAACACAGUAUCAAGUGUUCUCAAAAAUAUUUUGAGUAUAUUGUUAGUACAUAUGAGGCAAAUGUAAAGAAGGAGAUUGGGCCUGAAAACUAUCCACAAGCUGAAUAUCCGAACAGUUCAGGGGUGCUAGCUGAUCAUUCAGGAUAUUUUUGGGAAUUCAUAGGUGAAAACGACUCAAGACCAUUCUUAGAACCUUCUCUCACCGCUUUUCAUCUCAAAGUCCGCUUCCUUCUAGAGGAAGGCAUCAACCGUGGACAGGAGGCAGCAUCGCGAAUCGGCCUUGCGACGAAGAUCGGUCUAGACCAAAACACCAAGGGAAAUCUAGAGACGGCUUUAGCAGCGAUAAAAGUCUCUCGAGAGGCGUUGGAGAAAGCUACUCGUCUCGUCUGCGCUGCAACAUUGGUUCCGAUCGCAGAAACGCCACAAAAUUCAGAUCACGAAGACGAAGAGCUUCCCGUUUGGAGAAGAACAAGAGGUCAACGAUCCCUUAGGAGAAGGCGUCAUGGAAUCCUUCCGCCGUAA